CAGCGCCCGUGGGCGUGGAGUGGGGCGGGGCGGCCUCGGCCCGCGCCCUGCCCCGACGCUGGGGUUGGUGGCUGCUGGGGAUGAAGACAGAGGAAAUGAGAAAGAAAAAAAGUCAGUGAUCUGCAUCGAGGGUAACAUUGCAAGCGGGAAGACAACAUGCCUGGAAUUCUUCUCCAACACAACAGAUGUUGAGGGUCUCAUGUACCGGGAUGCCUGUCGCUGGGGCCUCACGCUGCAGACCUAUGUGCAGCUCACCAUGUUGGAGCAGCACACACGUCCUCAGAUGUCACCCGUGCGACUGAUGGAGCGGUCGAUUCACAGCGCGAGAUACAUUUUUGUUGAAAACCUGUAUCGAAGUGGGAAGAUGCCCGAAGUGGACUACGUGAUUCUGUCAGAAUGGUUUGACUGGAUCAAGGCGCACAUAGAUGUGUCUGUGGAUCUCAUCGUUUAUCUCCAGACCACCCCUGAGACUUGUUACCAGCGGUUAAAGAUGAGAUGCAGGGAGGAGGAGAAGAUCAUCCCGCUGCAAUACCUGGAAGCCAUCCACCACCUGUAUGAGGAAUGGCUGGUGAAGGGAGGCCCGUUCCCAGUGGCGGCUCCUGUUCUGGUGCUCGAGGCUGACCACGACAUGCAGAGCAUGUUAGAAAUCUUGGAGCGAAACCGGGAGCGGAUCCUAGCUGCAGGGAGUGGGCUGCCUGCGCCGUAGGACAGGAAGGGCCAGGCUAGGAGCAUGCCAACUGCAGCUGAGUUGUGAGGGGCCCCCCGGGGAAGCCCCUCCCAGACUGCCCUUCUGCCCUUGUGGGGAAGUGUCAGCGAGGACCCAGUGGACUUGACUUGGCCUGUGGGGUUCACCAUCCUGCCUUUCCCCUGACACCUGUCCAGUGCUGCUCCUCGGCUGCGCCCCUUUUGUUCAGAGAAGACCCACCCCGAGAUCUCGCUGAGCUUCUGGACUGACCCUCGGCCCUUCCCACCAGGGGGCCAGGACUGGAGGCUGAAACUUGGGGAGGCCCUGGGCUCAGGGACACGGGUGGUCUCCUGGACAUUCUCUAGGCCCGGCAGAACUCAGCCGGGACACCAAUCCCCUCCCCCUGACCCCCUCCCUGCUGGGGACCCUCACAGCUGUGGGGAGACCCUGGAGCAUAGGGUGCCAGGGACCCUGAGUCUCUUCUUAUCUGAGCCCCUCUCAGCAGCCAUCCGCAUCUUCAGACUUUGCCCAAUUUGCAGCUGGAUCACCUCCCGGAAUUGCGGGGCCGGAUCACUGCCCAGCAGAACGUGGUGUUCCCAUGACGCCCUCUGGACCCCGUGUCCCCAAGAGCGUCAUGGCUGGGCUCCUGGCUUAGUCUCCAUGGUGACCAAGGACGUGCGUGAGCAGCGGACUCUGUGGCCAGCAUGGGGGUGGGGUGCCUGGCGUCAGGCUUCCCGGCCCAUUGUGCCCUGCAUGAGGACCUUCAGGAGAGAGAUGGCGGUGGCACCACAAGUCUUUCUGACAUGUGUUACCAGUCAGGACAUGGGCAGGGAGCACACAGCCAUACAUUAGGUCAGAAAAACCCUUUGCUUCCUUCAGCUGUAACAAGUGAGGCACAGACCGUGCAGUUCCCUCACCGCACCCCCAUCCCUCAAGGGACAGAGGAGAGAAGAGGAGCCUGCCCCCCCCCCCAUCCCCCUGAGGCCUGGAGCCUGGGGUGGCAGUGGGGGAGUGUUCAGGAGAAGGAGACUGUGGAGGAGAAAGAAGGGAUAGCUGUGAGCUUUGGGAAACAGGCCUUGGCCUCCUCAGGCUUGGUUGUGUGAAGGUUGGAAGGCCUCGCCUGCUCCCAGUGAGAGAGUAAGAGCAAAAGUGAGUGAGUGUGAGAGUGAAAGUAUGUGAGAGUGUGUGUGUGUGUGUGAGUGUGAGUGAGAGAGAGAGAGCAGAGUGUGUGAGAGUGUGUGUAGGGGGAGAGGGAGAGAGAAUGAGUGUGUGUGUGUGUGUGUGUAUGUAUGUGUGUGUGUGUGUGUGGCCUGCCGCAGGAGCGCUAAGAGGGCUCCCUGCUCCUGCUCCCUCCUGUUGGGACCAGUUUUGGGUUUGUGUGCACAGGCUAAGGGCCAGCAGUCCGGGGUGUUGGGGACUGAGGGACCCAAAUUUCAGUGAGUGAUUGACUAGAAACUUGUGGAGGCAGGAGCCUCUGCCCUAGAGUAGCGGGUCCAUCCCAGUGGGGUCUCACGCUAAGAGCUGGGGUUAAUGAAGUUAAUGGUUAAUUCUGGAUUGCUGAGUUUUAGCACCCUGCCACCCCUGCCAUUUAGAAUCAAGCAUUUGCACCCCUUUGGGACUAUACCUGGCAAUGUCAGGGGUUACUCCUGGCUCUCUGUUCAGGAAUUACUCCUGGCAGUGCUCGUGGGACCAUAUGGUCGGCAAGGCAAACACCCUACCCCUACUGUAUUAUCUCUCUGACCCAACAUUUAAAAUUUUUAAGUGUCCUGUGUUUUAACGGGCUGUGGGUGUGGAAAUGGGGCUCUUGUUGUCCUUCACCCCCCCACCUGUCACUGCAGAAAAGACACUGUGUUUAGCAGUGAUGGGGUGGGCUGCUGACCACAGGGCUUGAGGUCAGGAGACAGAUUUCCGGAUUCCCAUUCCACUCUGACUGCUGUUGCUCCCUGGUGGAAUCCCAGCGCAACUCUGAGACCCCGUGUUGCUGGGGAAAGGGCAGCUCACCUUGCUGCCCUCCCUCCGGUGACCUGCCACGCUCAGGACGAUGUCCUCAGCCCCAGCUACCUCUCGGGGCACUUAUACAUGGGCAGAUGCAGUUCCUGGGGAGUGACAGCUUCCCCCUGCCCCUUCCAAUAGCACCUGAGCACCUCACCUGAACUCCAAGCUUCCCCGCCACCCCACGUCGGUUUCCCCCACCCCCGCUGUCUCGCCGAGGUGCCUCCCCCUCCCGGUCCCUGGAGCUGCUUCAGCGGCUCUCCUGUCUGUGCGAUGAGUAAUAGUCGCCCCUUGGCCUGCCCACCCGAGGAGCUGCAGUUAUUAAAAUAAUUGGCGAGCUCUUGGAAAUGUCAGCGCGCGCCGCGGCGGGAGGGGCACCGUCACGAAGCGCUCCCCCCGAGCGGCCCGAGCUGGGCUGCCGGGCCUCUGGGUAAUCGCUGCCCGCCGCCCCCGCCCCGCCGGAGCGGAGCGCUGCUCCCGCUCCCCGGGAAUCCAGAAUGUUCGUCAGUGUUUACUGCAGUCUCCAGUACCUGCGCUAGUGGCUGUUUUUUUCCUCAAGCCCAGCGCCCAGACCAGGUUCCAUGGGGCCAGGCAGGCUGGGAGAGCCGGUGUUGCCUCCUAGACACUCCCUGACAGGCUCGAGGUGCAGUGGGCAGUCCAGACAGACCCCUUUAGAGUUGAAACCCGAGACACUGCAGUUCUGCACCUCUCCACAAUCCCCACAACUGUGGGCCAACCAGUCCCAGUCUCCAAGUGCAUGUCCGUUGGGUACCUGGCAGCUGAGAAUUCUCUCUUCGGGCUGGUGUGCCUGGCUCCCCUGGGUGGUGGUUAAAACUGCACCUCCCUUACCCCCACAGACCUGAGAGUUUUCCCCUGUGAGCGCCAUCCCCCCACCCCCACCCCUCUGCAGCUUUGGGCUCUGCCGGCCAGGUUGUGUGGGGAAACGGGCCUGCUGGGGAGGGCUGUGGGGUUGCAGGCCACGGGGAUGCAGGCAGGGGUAACCAUGGUAACAGAGCUUCCCAGCACGUCAUCCUGGCUCUCACAGUUCUCAGGGGACCCUUGCAGACCUGCUCCUAUGCGGCGCCCCCACACCUCUCCUGUGAAGGCUGACCCCCUGGGAGGGCCCCUCUGGCCUCUUCACAGGUGUCCCCAUUUCUCUUGGGACUCGGGGGUCCUGGGCACAUGGAUGAGGGCUCUCUGGUCUGUGACCUCAUUCUCUAGUGGCCCUCCCCUGAAGUGGGGCUGGAUGAAUGGCGACAUCCCCC